UCCUCUCUCUCUCUCUCUCUCUCUCUCUCUCUCUCUGUUCUGUCUGAACCAACACCGCAACAGCCAUGGAUCGCAGAAUCUAUGGCGUUACCUUUCUCCUCCUCUUCCUCCUCCCAACCCUCACAUUCUCUCUGCCACAGGGCCAAAUAAACUCUAACUCAAUCCUCGUGGCCUUGUUGGACUCGCAUUACACCGAGGUAGCAGAGUUAGUCGAAAAAGCCAUGCUCCUCCAAACGCUCGAAAACACGGUAAUGAAGCACAACAUCACAAUCUUCGCACCAAGAAACGAAGCCCUAGAACGCAAUCUCGACGCCGAUUUCAAGCGUUUCCUCUUGGAACCCCGCAACCUCCCCUCCCUCCAAACCCUCCUCAUGUCCCACAUCGUUCCCUCACGGAUCAUCCAACCCGGGUCAAACCCGACCCGAAUUAAAACCCUAGCUCCAAACCACCACCUCACUCUUCAAGCUCCAAAUAACAAACACAAUAUCUCUCAUUGGAUUGUUGACUCCUCCCGGGUCACCCACCCGGGUUCUGUGACCCGACCCGACGGAGUUAUCCACGGCAUCGACUCCCUCCUCAUCCCGCGGUCCGUCCAAGACGCCUUCAACCGCCGCCGGAGCCUCACCUCCAUCGCCGCCGUGAAACCAGAACCCGCCCCGGAGGUCGACCCGCGGACGCACCGGUUAAAAAAACCGGCGCCGCCGCAGAAGCCUGGCUCUCCCCCGGCCCUUCCGAUCUACGACGCGAUGGCGCCGGGGCCUUCACUUGCGCCGGCGCCGGCGCCGGGACCCGGCGGCCCCCGGCACCACUUCAACGGCGAGAGGCAGGUGAAGGAUUUCAUCCAAACGCUCCUCCAUUAUGGUGGUUACAACGAAAUGGCGGAUAUUCUGGUGAACCUAACGUCGCUGGCUACGGAGAUGGGACGGUUGGUUUCGGAGGGUUACGUUUUGACGGUGCUGGCUCCUAACGACGAGGCCAUGGCGAAGUUAACGACGGACCAGUUGAGUGAACCGGGUUCGCCCGAACAGAUUAUGUACUAUCACUUGAUUCCUGAGUAUCAGACCGAAGAGAGCAUGUAUAACGCCGUUAGACGGUUCGGGAAGGUCCGUUACGACACGUUACGUUUGCCUCAUAAGGUAACGGCGCAGGAGGCUGACGGCUCCGUUAAGUUCGGCCACGGGGACGGGUCGGCUUAUUUGUUCGACCCGGAUAUUUACACUGAUGGACGGAUCUCCGUUCAGGGAAUUGACGGCGUUCUGUUUCCGCCGCAGGAGGACGAGGUUGGGCCCGCGACCCGGGCCCAGCCCGCUAAAGUCGUCGUUAAGCAGAGAAGAGGAAAAUUGUUGGAAACAGCAUGUUGGAUGCUUGGAACCUUUGGACAGAAUUCUAGAUUCACCUCUUGUCAAUAAAGAGCUCUUGUCAAGACUCGUUAUGAACGAAAAUACUGCACAGGAAAUUCCAAAGAUGUAAAAAGUCAACGGAAUAUGAAGGCCAGGUUACUUGAAUGGUUAAUAGAAGCUGCUGCUAUGGGUUUGGUUUUCCCACGUUUUUGUGAUGCUCUUUUUCUUUCUCCUUCUCGAUUUUCUCCUUGUGGAUUUGGGUCUUAGACUAGAGAACAAAAGCUUCUCAAGUCGUCUAAAACAAUAUAUAGUGCAUAUAUUAUUAUUAUUAUUAUAUAUGCUAUUUAGAUUCAAUUAGUACUGCUGCUAAAAAUCAUUAGGAG